UCCGUCUGAUACGACUCGUUGACGCUAGGAGUCGCCGGUUUCUCUCCACAUUCCCCGCUGAGGUUAUGCGCCAUAUUGGCAGUCUCCUCCAUCUCAGCAAGCGUCGGGCAUGCACGCCUCUAACCGGUUAUCGAGGAGACGUUUGUAAAUAUUUACUGUGGUCUGCCAGUCGAAAUACAACACUAUGGAGGCGGUCAAAGCCUUUAACAAUGAGCUGUACUCAUUGAAUGAAUACAAGCCCCCCAUCUCCAAGGCCAAGAUGACUCAGAUCACCAAGUCUGGAAUAAAGGCUAUAAAAUUCUACAAGCAUGUUGUCCAGAGUGUAGAGAAGUUCAUACAGAAGUGCAAGCCUGAAUACAAAGUCCCAGGGCUGUAUGUCAUCGACUCGAUCGUCAGACAGUCCCGACACCAGUUUGGCACAGAGAAGGACGUAUUUGCCCCGCGCUUCAGCAAGAAUAUCAUCUCGACGUUCCAGCACCUCUAUCGCUGCCCUUCAGAUGAUAAGAGUAAGAUUGUGAGAGUUCUGAAUCUGUGGCAAAAGAAUGCGGUUUUCAAGAGUGACAUCAUUCAGCCUCUGUUGGAUAUGGCAGCGGGGAUUCCUCCUCCCAGUGUCACACCCGUCAUGCCCAGCAGUGCUGCCCCGGUCAACAACACUACACCCGGGACCCCGGCUACACCGGCCACUCCAGCCAACAUAGUGCAGGGUCUGCCUGACUGGGCUUCGCAGAUUACCAACACCGACACUGUGGCUGCUGUGGCCCAGAUCUUGCAGAGUCCCCAGGGACAACAGCUCCAGCAGCUGGUGCAGAGUCUGCAGAUGCAGCAGCAGAAGCCCCAACCGUCCCUGCUGCAGGCCUUGGAUGCUGGCCUAGUGGUGCAGUUGCAAGCUCUGACAGCUCAGCUCACUGCGGCAGCUACUGCCAACAGCCUCAACCCCCUGGAGCAGAGGGUCUCCUCUUUUAAUAAGAAACUUUUGGGUCCUUUUGACUUUGGGAACGAUUCAGAGCGUAAUGAAGAAUCUAAAAAGGACAGCUCAACAUCUCAACUGCCCAUGGUGUCGGAGCCCAUUAACAGCUCCCUCUUCCAUCAGUUGGCUGAGCAACUUCAACAGCAAAACCUGGAGCAGUUUCAGAAGCAGCUGCUGGAGCAUCAGCAGAAGGCAAUGAACAUAGAAGGGCAGGACUCGAUCUUUGGGCAAGAGAACUCAGUUUCGAAUGCUCAGAGCAGCAGCCACCCUCAGCUUCCAGAGCCAGAGAAUAAGAUCGACGACUCCAUAGACAACCAGCAGCAGGACAUGGAUCUAGAUGAAGGCCCGGAUGGGAUGGAAGAGGAAAUCUUUGAGGCUGAAGAGAAGAAGACCUUGAACACACGGUCUAGAACAAGGUCAAGGUCACGCUCCAGGUCUCCAAAGAGGAGAAGGUCUAGGUCGCGCUCCGGCUCACGGAAACGCAAGCAUCGAAAACGGUCGCGGUCACGCUCUAGAGAUCGCAAGAGGAAGUCCUCGCGGUCUUAUUCUAGUGAGAGACGCGCCCGAGAACGAGAGAAGGAGCGGCAAAAGAAAGGACUUCCUCCCAUACGGUCCAAGACUCUCAGUGUGUGCAGCACAACUCUGUGGGUGGGCCAGGUGGAUAAAAAGGCCACUCAGCAAGACCUCACCAAUCUGUUUGAAGAGUUUGGCCAGAUUGAGUCCAUCAAUAUGAUCCCUCCCAGAGGUUGUGCCUACAUCUGUAUGGUCCACAGGCAGGAUGCAUACCGUGCCCGUCAGAAGCUCAGCACCGGCACGUUUAAGAUUGGCUCCAAAAUCAUCAAGAUUGCGUGGGCUCUGAACAAAGGUGUAAAGCAGGAGUACAAGCAGUUUUGGGAUGUGGACCUGGGUGUCACGUACAUACCUUGGGAGAAGGUAAAGCUGGAUGACCUGGAUGGCUUUGCCGAAGGAGGAAUCAUCGACCAGGAGACUGUCAAUGACGAGUGGGAAGCUGCCAAGAAUACUGAACAAGCCAAGGAAGCUGCAAGUCAGCCAGUAAGCACUGAGACUACAGCAGCAUCUAACACCCAAACCGAGACCUUCAACCAGCAGGUUACCAUGAUGCCAGUGCAGUCUUAUAUCCCUCGUAUUCAGCUUCCGGUUGCACAGGCAGUUCCCAGUGCGGUCGGUUUGGUGCCUCCUGCCUUCCCUGUCACCAUGGGCAUACCUCCGCCAGGUUAUGGGCCGCCGCCACCCUUCAUAAGGGCCAGCUUCAAUGCCUCACAACCUCCGCCAGGUUUCAUGCAGGCUGCUCAGACAGCAGGAAUGGCCUCAGCAUCUGCCUCUCUGGUUCAGCCUUCAGUGGGCUCCAGCCAAGAUGCUGUCAAGGAUUCACCAUUCGGUGCUAUGAUUCCUCCAACAAGCACCAUCCCGGGUAGCUUCAUGCCCUCGGCUAUCCCAGGAGCUGGCGUGUUCAACCCAGUGGGAGUGCAAACUCAGCAGGCCGCUAAUGAGAAAACACAGUCUGCAGAGGGCAUGGAUGCUACUGCGGAGCUCACGCUGCAAGGCAUGCAGAAUGCUGUCCGCAGUGGAAUGGGUCUGCUGGGCAUGCACCCUACAGCUUCCCUCACCCACCCCCUGCAUCAGUCUGGACUGAGUGGGCAGAGGAUGCCCGGCCUGCUGCCUUUGGAUGUGCGCCCCAACCUGCUCCAACCCGGAGCCGCUGCUCGCUUCCCGCUGCUCAUGCAGCAGGCCCAUGCCCAGCAAACCCCUGGCCUCCUAGACAGUCCAAUCCAAGCUCAAUCCCGCCCCAGGGCUCCCUUCCCUCAACUGGACCCCUUCCACCGGCCCCCCAACAUAACCAGUGAAAAUGUAUCCAAAACAGAAGAUGAGUCGUCCUCUGGAGCUGACGAGGGCAAAGACCAGGACUACCGCUUUCCUCCGAUGGAAAAGCAGAGCACGGGUCUGCUGCGGACCCCUCCCCCAGAGCAUAGGGAGCCCCUUGCAGGAUCAGGAGCAGGCGUGAGACCACCUUUGCUCCAGACCCCAGGUACUCAGCCAGCCAGAUCUAGCCUCGUAGGCCGUCUGCAGGCUCUUGCGGGGUUUACACCCGAUAACCGCUGGAACCAAGCCAGAGGGGACUUUGAUGAACGUGAUGGCAUGCGAGGAGGCCCCCAGGCCCCAGGUGGUCCAAAGGGCUUCCCGGAGGCUGGUCCCACACCUGGGCAGAACUUCCCCAGCCGCUUUGAUAACCGUCCCGGGACAGCAGCCGGUGUUUCUGUAAAUGCUGGAACUGUUGGGGGGCCACAGGCUUGGAACCGUAGUGGUAAUGCCACAGCUCCUUUUGAGAGCGAGCUCCAUCAAGACCUAGAUGAAAGAAGACGCCCAUGGGACAGGCAAAGAGAUAGAGAUGAAAGAGAUUUUGACUUCAGGAGGGAGAUGAAUGGUAACCGCCGCAGCCGCGAGAGGGAGCGCGAGAGAGACAGGGGCCGCGACCGCACCAGAGAACACGAACGCGAGCGAGACCACGACAAAGAGAGGGACCGCGAACGUGGAGGCUCAGCACCCCUUCUCCCUCUGCCCACACCUCUUCUACCAACUCCACCUCUCAAUCCUAACCUGACACUGAACCAAGGCAAAGUGCUUGCUCCGCUUAAACUGAACCCUCAGAUUCAGCCACGAUUCCAGCACCCGCUUUUGCCUCAAGCUCAGGGCAAGCUCCCUCUGCUGGGUCUCAAUCAGGCAGCGCCUCAACUUCAGAUCAGGUCUCCUCCUCCAUCACAGAACCAAGCAGCCGUGCCCGAGCCUGAGUCAGAAAUCCCAACUCCAUCCGAAGCCCCCCAGGCACAGCCGACACCCUCGACGCUUUCGCACGACCCGUCAUCUGACGGCGAAGGUCAGAGCACAUUGACUGAGGCGCCUCCAAAGUCAGAGUUGUCGCCACAACCAGAGACUUCUCCACGCACAGAUUCACCAUCCCAGCCUAUAGCCCAGUCCGCCUCUCAGACCACUGCUUCUUCUGACAGUGAAACCCCUAGCCAUGCCUCACCACCUGAGGAGGCAUCGUCCCAGGACUCAUCCAUGGCCUUCACAAAAGCUGCCAGCCCCCCCGAAGAUAUGACUCACUCUGCGGAGGAGCAGAAAAGUGGACAGAAGGAUGAGGAGGAGUCACAAGAGAGACCCUCCUCUCCCCAACCGCCGGGGGUCAGUGGACCUGAGCUGGACAAUGAUCAGAGUGAGCCCGUGGAGGAUGCUGCAAGUCUGCCAGUGGUAGACACUGUCACAGACACUGAGGGGACAUAAUCAUCACUCAGUAGGUAAAAGAUCAUUUUGUAAAGUUGUCUCUUCUUCUCUGUACUCAUGUCAGCAAACUACCACCACCACACGGGACAUGACGAAUACUGACUCACACUGUCUGAUAACAAAUGAUUUUAUCCUCACAGAAACCAGUGUACUUAAAUAGAAGGCUCAUUAGCUGAUUUAUGGUUAGAGACUUUUGUUUGUAUUUUAUUUCGUUUUUUCCUUUUUUUUAAGUUGUAAUGCCACACCACCCAUUUUAAUUAUGAGCUUGGUGAAUUUUAUCAAAUUGCCUGCCAAAAUGUUUCAAUUGUAUAUGGGGAAAUUUAGCUUUGACCUUCCUAUGGAAGAGAGUAAGAAAUCCUGGCUGUUCGACAACGGAUUGAUAUACUUGAAAAUGGCAGCUGUUGGCCCAAUUUCUGUCUCCUCUUCUUUUAAAAUGCUACUGCAAAGUUUUCAAUGAAUGCUUUUGUGGUGUCUUGCAAUGCUUUUUUUUUUUCUUCUUUUUUUUUCUCCUGAGCAGAACAAAUGGCCUCCAUACAUUAAAACCAGAACAGCUGCUUAUAAUUGGGAAAAAAAAUGAGCAUUUUAAAUAGAAAACAUGAAAAUGUUGUAUCCCCAAAAUAAAUGUCUGUAAUUUGUUUCUAAUUAUCCAGUGAACACAAACAGAACAUUACAUGCCCGGGGGAAGAAAAAGAAAAAGGAGCAGAGGGAUGUUCUGAUGUCGGCUGCAUAUUGUUUUAGUUUGAAAUAAACAUGCUUUGUCUGUUUAAAACACUUGCUUUAGGACUGUUUUCUGACCCAGGACCAGUGGAAAAUGCUUUACAGACUCGUGUGCGCGCGCACACACACACACACACACACACACACACUGUGUGCUGUCACUUCGGUCGAUUUGAUGUUCUUGUAACUCAAGUUGCUGCUAUACCAUCCAUCCACAGAGCACUUUGUUGGAUGCAACCGUGGGACUUGUAGUUUUUUUUAGUCUGAGGACUUCAGCCUGUAUGUUUCCCUAAGCUUUUUGCUGGGUGACUGUUGAGGAUGGGAUUGUGCCUUUUUGACUGGAUUUGUCGUUCACGAUGCUAUCCAACCCUACUGUGCGAUGUACAUCAGACUGUGCGUGCAACUCUGCUUUAGACAGCUCACUGAAAAGAACGCUCCCUGCACAGAAUUGACUGACCUACAGUUUGAACGGUGGCUGCGCCGUUUGUGCAGCGCCUACCUAGAGAACAAUAUAUCCUCCAUCGUUCUGUGCAUGCAGGCCUGUAGCCAUGUUUUAACCUUCUGUCUUCUCUUGUUCAUUUCAUACCUGUAGUGGUUUUCUGUUGAGACAUACCUCUAGAUAUCCAUAGUCUGCUGUUCUCUCAGACCAAAUGUCUACUACAGGAGUUGUGAUGUUGAAUAAAAGUUCAAGGUGCAUCAGA